AUGAAGGUGGAGCCUGCGCCGCGGCUUGCGGACCUCCUUCGCCAAGCCAUGCCAACGACGGCGCCACCGCCCGCGUACACAUCGUGCCGGGACCGCGUCGAGAUGGUGCUUGCUGCCUUGUACGUGCUCUGGACGGUUGCCUGCAGCGCACUGUACGUGUUAUUGAUCCAUCCCAGCUUUGCAAACGACGCUGCCUGGGCCGGCUUCAACGCCUCCGCCCAUCAAACGUACUUGGCCGACCUCGUCGUGACACUGCAGCGCUACAACCGGUCGCUGCUCGAUACUGGGCUCUACCUCGACUACAACACGAGUUUGGCGCUCCCCAAGACGUACUUCGCACUGCCAUUCUCGACGAUACGCAUCGAGGACAGCACGGCGUGGGCGCGGGACCUAUGGUUGCGGCCCAUGCCGGUGCACGCAGCGAUCAACAUGCUACGGACCGCGCCGUCCCGCGCCAUCGAAGCGCUUCCGACGCAGUUCUGCUGGGCAGAUUUGGCGCGGACAAUCCCUUUUGCCGGGCUGGCUGCCUCGUGCAACACUACGAGAAGCCAAGGCAACGCCGCCGUGUACCUCGAGGCUGUGCUGCGCAACGUCCUGCCGUCCGCUGAUCGAGUCGCGCUGCUCGCACGCAUCAAUGCCACGAUUGCGAGUCCGCUCGGGCCUCGCGGACGCGCGUGGCUGGCCACAUUCGCCACGAGCGCUCCGCUUAGCGUCGCCGACGAAGCCAAACUCUGGGCCCAAUGCGGUCUUGAGACGUGGCAGUUCCAAUACGACGACGCAUUUGACGCGCACUUGACGGCGACGGUCGUUCUUCGCAAUGCCCUCGGCAUGGAGUACCCGAUCACGAUCACGCCUCGUCGGUGGCUGCCGACACCGCCAUCCCAAGCCAUCGGUUUCUGGGCCGAUGUAGCCACGUGUGUCCAACUGGACUGCGCGCUCGUCCAUGGUACAUCAAAACCGACAGGCGCGUUGACGUCCACUGCCAUGUACGCGGUGCUGCAGCCAGCACCGUGGAGGCUGCAGAUGUACUUUACACGCUUCCAGCUCGCCUUUACAGCGCUCCGGGUGCAAGAUGGCGCGUCAGUGCGAUUGAUGCCGGGACCAGCACCAACGUUCCUGCAACGCGCGUGGUGCGCAGCUGAUGCCACGCUCUGUCCGACCUCGGUGUCUGUCGCGAGUAUGGUGUUUGCGAUGCUACUGCUGGCGCCCAACGCCACGCAGCCACUCGCUAUGCAUCGCAUCUGCGCCAGUGACACCACCGGUACAUGUGUCGCGGCGCUUGCAUCGCUGGAUCCGGUGCACCGCGCGCUGCAAGCAAGGUUGUCCAUCGUCGACGCGGUCGCUGCACGCAACGCCACGGCGCGUCUCACGCUUGCCACUGCCGACGCGCCGUCGACGACGAUCGCACUGGACAGUCUCAAUGCUUGGCUUUUACUGCACGAGUGGCUACUCGGGCACCGAGAGGCAAGCUUCUAUCCAGCAACGAAUAUGACGGUGCUAUCCCAACCGCUGGCCGUCGGCGCGCCAUCGGUGGCCAACCCCAACGAAGUGCCGGUCGCCACUGGCUCGCUUCUCAUCGUCCUAGCAUGCUACACGUCGGGCGUACUCGCGACGCUUGCGCUUGUCAUCGGUCUCUUGGCGCUGCGCUACCGCCCGUCGUACGCGCCGCGGCUCAACUUUCUGCACUUUAAUCGCCUCGUGGGCUUUUCGUGGCUCGGUCGACCCGCGCUCUUUCUGCGGAGUCUCUCUGCGUUUGUCUAUCUAAGCACGGCAACGACCGUCAUGGUGACUUCACCCUCGGGCUAUUCGUACUUGCAGGCGGCGCCCAAGUCGCUCCUUGCCGUCGCCGUUGCGUCGGGCGAAGCGACGUGGCUCGUCUACCUCCUCCAAGACGCCUGCGCACCCGUGACGGUGCUGCACCGCGCCGCACCCGUCGGGUCGUUCCUUGCAUGGUUCGUUCUCGUACUGGUGUGUUAUUUCCACCCGGUUGGCAUCGAGCUCUACCUCGACGCAGAGGCGUGCAGCUACACACUGACCCCGGCCGUGGCCACAUGUGCAGCUGGUGUCGUGUACGUCGGCAGCCUCCAGCGCGUGCUACUGCUCAUCGCGAUCAACGCCACGAGUGUCUGUGUCGCCUACUAUAUCUUGCAAGUGUCCAACUAUUACUACUACUGGUGGUGGUGGUUCCAGGCCGUCGAGCCGUCGGCGCCGCCGCGAACGCUUCUCUUUUCCGCGUCCGUGCACGGCAUCCUCGUCGAAGUGCAGGCGCGCCGGACCGCGCUGGCGUCAACAUUAGACGUGCUCUCGAGUACGCUGGCGGGGUAUCUGCCCGGUCGCCACCACGUCUUUGACGUGAAUCUCUGGGUCUUUACGCCCAACAUUGCCAACCCGGCGCAGCACACGGUCGGGCUUCGAACGCCGACGUUUGCGUGGCCCGUCGUCGUGCGCCGGGGGCCAUCCUGGUCGACGCUCCUAUCGACCGGCGCCUCGGUGACAAACCGUCGCUGGCGGCUCCUCCGUGCCAGUGGCGGUGUCAUCUACGUAGCGCUGACCGUCGCGUGCAGUUUUGGGUAUCUCACCCUCGCAUCGUCGGCCUUCUCGACGGCCUUGUUCUCGGCCAACUUUGACGCAGCGCUGCACCUGCCGCUGCUGGCACAGUGGUUUAGCGCCCCGCUCACGUCGCUCCUCGAGAGUCAGCUCUGCAACGAGUCGCGCAUCUGGUCGUCCGCGCUUGACGGAGCACGGCUGCACAUGGAAGCGACGCUGCCUGCCGUCAUCGCAGGCCUGCGCUCGAUGGACAUCAACCUUUUGCCGUAUAUUUUUACACCCUACUGCUUCCUCGACUUCAACCAGACGUGGGAGAUGGCAGCCUCAAGCGCGCGCCAAAGUCGGUGCUACUCGCCGGUCUUUGCGAGAAACGGCGCCGUGUACCUCGAGAGCCUCCUCGGUAACACCAACUGGGACACCGUCGCGCGUGCUCCGUCGUGGCGUGGGCUCAACAGCAGCAUUUUGGACCCGCUUCGGACCAGUGACCGCGGCCGUGCCUGGAUAACACAGACCGCCGACAACGGUGCAAGAUCGUCCAUUGCGAGCGAAGCGGCGCGCUGGGAACGCGCGGGCAUCACAGCGUACUUGACGCAGUGGCAAAACUACAAGGUGCUCGGCCUCCGCGCCACGUACGACGUUGUGACAGCGUACGGUGCCACGUAUGCCCUGUCGCUCACCACCAUCGAUGCAACGUUCCACGUCCGCGACCAAAGCUGCUUGCACAUGUACUGGGGCUUUGCAAGCGACCUCUACGCCGUGUCUUUGAACCUAUCGACGAUCCAUGGCAGGUCUCUUCUCCGCACCAGCGCGUUAUCGUCGUUCGCCUACGCUGCGACGUCGAUCGAGGACGUGCUGGUGGAGCAAGGCCUUCUCGCGACGCCACUCGACACAAGCUACGCCAUGGUGCGCGCGGCGCUAGGACCCUUCGGUACGAUCGACAUGCUGCGCGUCCGUCCGCCAGACACACUCGUCGCCUUGUACAAGAGUUUGGCGCAGAGCCUUCUCAUUGCGCUCGAUGCCAAUGCUACAGCACAUACGCAGCUUGCAUCGAUACCAGUGCUUUGGAAUGCGUCGGCUGUCCCCAUGGAAUGGCUCGGUCGUAACGGAAUGGGCAUGGACAUCUUAUGUCCAUCUCGACCCUCCACGCCACUGCACAACGGCCUUCCAUCGUUUUUUACCGCGCGAGGCGGCUGUUCGAGUACGCGUCUCGAGUACGCUCGCUUGGAUCCACGCACGUUGGUCUACCUUAUCUUGGUCAUGGGCGCGUCGCGUGUCGAGACGCUGGCCACCGACAUCUGCGCGCAAGACGUUCGCACGCCGCACAACUGCCUCGCGUCUGUUUACGCAGCGCUAUCUUUUGUUUCAACGUUUCUCGCAUCAUCGGACGAAGGCGAUGUCCAACUACAGGCGAAAACGCUGGUUGCAGAGGUCUCGCACAUUGAUAUCGCGGGCUUCCUCGCCAACACGUCGACGCUCAGCCGAAUGGGACUUUGGGUGCAAGGCAUGCGCGAGGUGGUGAGUUUCCAAGGCGAUCUGGCUUCGCUCACACUGAUUUCAACGUACGUCGAUGGUGUCGUCACAAUCGCGGGCCGCAACAACGUCCCGCACGCCGCGAUGCGCUACCUGACGCCGGCACUUUUCACCUUCUCCGUCGGUCUUCUCUGCGUUGCCGUGCUUCUCUUUGCGUACACACUCGCAAUCGCGGGGCAAGUGGAGGGCUACAACUUUCUUCAGUUCAAUCGCGUUGCCGGUGCCGUCUGGCUUGGCCGACCGCUGCAGCUCGUACGCGGCUUGACAGCCCUCGUCGUGCUCUCAACAGGCGCGCUGCACGUUGACACCACAAAUGGCCGCACGCGGUUCAUCGCACCACCCGUGAACGUUUUGUGGGUCCUUGUCGCAGCGGGCGAGACCUCCUGGCUCGUCUACGUCGCCAACGACGUCUUCUCUAUGGUUACGGCCGCACACACGCAGUCGAUCGCGAUCAAGACCAGCCUUGUGUCCUUUCUUGCGGUCAGUACUUGGACGUUGGCGGCGCCGAUCGAGCCCAUCGUGCACGUCGCGCGCUCGUGUUCAACGCCGAUCGUCGACGGCCUCGUCGAAUGCGCGAUGGGGAAUGUUGAAAUCGGUAGCUUCGAUCGAUGCCUCGGGCUCCUAUGUGUCCUGGCCGCGUCGUUUGUUGCGAGUGCGGUCUCCGAGUGCGUCGUGAGAGGCACUUUGCUGCGCGGCGCGGCGUCACUCUUCCUGCACGCGACAGCAGGGCGCUUCUUUCGGGGCGACGACUGGCUCUUCCACGGCGUGUACUGCUUGGACCGCGCGUCGGCGCUUCUCAAUGGCGUCCUCUCGUUCGAGCGAGCAGACAUGCUGUAUGUGUUUGAUCUCAAGACGUGGCGCGGCUACAAGGUCCCGACGCCUCUCGCCGCGGUCAAGCCAGCAAGGCCGCCAGACCACAUUGCGUCGGCCAUACCUUUGCUCGAGUAAUCAAUCCACCUCUCUG